AUGGCUCGGGGCCCGCUGUGCCCUCUGCUGCGGCUCCUCGUGGUGGGGUUGGGGCUCCGGCUGCUGCGCUCGGCUGCGGGGGAGCAGGCGCCAGGCGCCUCCCCUUGCUCUCGCGGCACCUCCUGGAGCGUGGACCUGGACAAGUGCAUGGACUGUGCGUCGUGCUCCGCGCGGCCUCGCAGCGACUUCUGCCUGGGCUGCGCUACGGCCCCUCCAGCCCCUUUCCGGCUGCUUUGGCCCAUCCUGGGGGGCGCCCUGAGUCUGGUGCUGGUGUUGGGGCUGCUCUCCGGCUUCCUGGUCUGGCGACGAUGCCGCAGGAGAGAAAAAUUUACCACCCCCAUCGAGGAGACAGGCGGGGAGGGUUGUCCCGGCGUGGCUUUGAUCCAGUGA